AUAGACAAUAAGGAGCCCUGGUUCGGUCCGAGUAUCGGAGUGACCCAAUCAUCACCGAUGUUGCCAGGGCAAUGGCGAGCAGAAACCUCUUAACAUUAAGGGCAGAGCUGGAUGAACAAACUAAAGAAAUCCAGAAAUUGCAAAAAGAGGUGGAACAAGCUACACAGCAUACAAUAAACCAGUUGUCCUUGUCUUCUCAUGAAAAAUGCCACAAGAACACAGUCAAUGACAAUAAUGCCAUCUCCAGAUUAUCACAUGCUUCCAGUUCAUUAAGGGGUAACAACAAUGUGUUAUCGUCUGCGCCCCUUCAAAUAUUAAAAAGUCGUCUGGUUGCUAGUCAGACAAGUCAAAGGGAAGGUGGCUUAGAAACACAAUGCAGUGUGAUGCAGAAGGGUCUGGAUGGAUCCACCUGCCUGGUGGAUAAGCAACCAGUAAAGACAUUGCUGAAUGAUUAUUCUUCAUUAUUCAUAAAUGCACAGAAAAGGCCAGAAGAAAUUGAUAGUACACAAAGGCACCAUCAACACUUUGUCAGUCAAUCAAUCAAUGAGUUGAACCUGAAGGUCCAGGAACUGAUAAAAAAGAAUGCUGAGAUGGAUAUUAGAUGUAAUGAAUCAAAAAAACAAGAAGAGGGGAAUAGACAACUUCAAGGUAGAAUACAGGAACUAGAGACUGCCAAUGGGGUGCAAGAGGAGAUGUUGAAGCAGGCCCAUGCCUACAUUGACAUUCUAAAAGAAAUGUUGCAGAAGCGUGAUCAUGUACACCAGGAUAUCCAGGGAGCCAUCUUAACAUAUAUCAAUUCUUCUGGAAAGGAAAUAUCUCCGAACUGUGAUCUUAGCAACCUUGGAACAUUUGUGGUAGAGAUGUGUCAGGAGCUGGCUGAUGAAGUUUCUUCUCUCAAAACAAAACUUCACACUACAGAAGACCAAACUGAUGUUUUGAAAAAGGAAUUAGGAGAUAAAGAGAACAAUUUAAAACAGUGUCAAGAGAGGUGUGAUCAUUUUGUUAAGAAGCAUGAACAGGAGAUGGCAGCAAUGAGCCAUGAAAUGAACACUGCUACGAACCAUGCCAAGACCAUGCAGGAUCAACUGGAAACACUACAGCAACAGAACACAAAGCAUGAGGAACACAUAGCAAAUUUGGAAUCUGUAGUGUCUGAGCUACGCUCUGAGCUGAAAAGCUGCAAGAAAACUUCUAAAGACAAGGUGGAAGAGCUGAAAAAGCAGCUGUUGAUAGCCAACAAUGCCUUGGAGAAGGCCCAGAAUGAGCAUACUCAGCUCAGUCAGGAUUUUGGUAAACAGCUGCAGGAAUUAAAGCAUUUGCAAGAGGCCCUUAAAGUAUGUGAAAAUCAGGUGCACUUGGAAAGAGAGCAUAACAGGCAGUUACAGGAACAGGCAAAUGUCAGCAAAUUUACCAAUGAUCACUUACGAAGAGAGCUGAUAGAACGGAGUAUGGAAGUAGAACGCCUUCAACUAAUGGUGACCAUGGUAAAAGAAGAGAGUCAGCAAAAGGAAGAAGAAAAGCUGAAAACUAUUCAAGACAAGACUGCAAAUUUGAACUUGAGGACAUGCCAGCUGGAGUCUAUGAAAGCUACCUUGCAGAAUAUGACAGAGGAGCUGAAGGCCAAAUCGCAAAGCCUGAAAAAUUCUGAGAAAAACAUAAACGAAUCAAAGGUUAGCUUGGCAGAGAAGGACAAGGCAUUAAAGAAUGCAGUAGAGGAGCUGAGAAAACUGCGUUUAUAUGCAGAGGCCAAAAAGAAGGAGCUGCAGCAACUUAAAGCCACCUCAGACCAAAUGUCAGAGAUGCUGGAAGAUACAGAAACAUUAAAGCAGCUUUUGAUGGAGAAAGAUAACAUGAUAAUGACUCUGCGAGACCAGAUUCAAACUUUAACUCGAGUGGUUGGGCAACAAAACCAGAAAGUGGGUUCACUGGAAGCAGAGAAGUCCCAACUCCUAGAUGAAGCAUCUCUAAUGAAUGCAGUAAUACAGGACAGUAUGGUUGUGGCAGAGAAGAAAGACAUAAAAAUCCAUGAGCUGGAAGAGAUGUGUAGAUUGCUAAAUAUGGAGAAAAGCAAAUUGACAAAUGAAUGCAUUGAAAAGACUUGUGCAUCCAACAAGUUGAAAAAGGAAAGAAAGGACAUUUUAGCUGAGCUCAGAGAAACACAAAAUGAGCUUGCGUGUCUAUCAGAAGAUUAUGAAACAAUGGAAAGGAACAACGAAAAUCGAACUGAAGGUUCAGAAAAUGCAACUGCUAUUCUUAAAAUGCAGCUGAAAGCAGCUGUUGCUGAACUGGCACAGACCAAAAAUACCCUGAAGACGGUAGAAGAUUGUGAUGGCCAUGCUAUUAAAAUUGCUACAAGAAUGCAGAAGAAAAUCACAGCCAAAAGAAAACAUAUUGAUGCUUUACAAAGUAGGAUUCAGUUCUUGGAGGAGGCUCUGUCUAACACAACAAAGGAAAAACGGCAUCUAAAACUGGAAAAGGCAAAGUUACUGCAGGAGUGUGCCAAUCAGGCAGAUGAAAAAAACAAACUGUGUGAUGCUGUUGAGAUGCUGAAGUCAGAGAAUAAAGCUCUUAAAACGAAUAUAGUUAACACAGAAGCCACCCUAGACAAGACUUUGUUGCAGCUCUCUGAAUGUCAAGCAGUAAUCCAGCGCUUAGAGCAAGAAAUAACGGUCUUGAAAUUACAGCACACACUGGACUUAAAGGAGCUUAGAGGUCCAUUUUCAAAUCAGAUUCUUGUCAAACCAAGGCAUGAAAUAGCUUCAGAAUCUUUCCUUCAACCUUGUGAUGUUCCUGUACAUGAAUAUGAUUCACCGAUCAAAUCUUGCCCUAAAGUCUUCAUGUUUACACAGCCAUCUGUUAAUUUUAACAUAGUGGAACCCUCUGAGAAAGCAAUAAAUCUUUCAGACUGCUUACGUUGUGCACCCUUUAAAGAUGAGGGACCUCUGAAACUGACGAGCCCCUGUUAUACCUCAUCUCUUAAGGAGAAUUACAAAAACCAUGAAAUUCAACCUAGGUCUCCAGUGUAUUCAUUGCUGACAGCUCCAACCAGCCAUACUGAUAUCUUUGAGACACUGAACAGAAAUCACUUCCUGGAAACCAUCUACAGCGAUAACUUUGAACAUGGUGAACAGUGUAAAGAACUUACAAAUAGUACCUGCCAGAUACUCCAGCACAGACUGGAAUGCUUACAAACCAUUGCUGAGGAUCUGCAGAUGAAAAAUAAAGGAGUCCUCAUCCUGUCUGUAUACAAGAGGCUUGUAUCUGAAAGUUUAAGUGUCUGGAGGGGCCUGUCCAUGGCCACCAUGACUGGAUUUGGGGCGGGCGUAGGCUGGGCCAGUAGUGAAGUGUUGUCAACAGGACCAUCUCCCAACAAACUUGUCAAGUAUAUCCAAUUUGGAGACUAG